UUUUAUUUACUGUUUGGCUGAGCUAGAGAGGAUGUCAGAGGAUGCUGCUGGGUGGAGUGGUUGCAAAGCGGUUGGUGUCUGUGUCAAUGUUGUGUCCCUCUCGUUUUGCUUGUUGCUCUGCAGUGUAAUUGUAUUAACUGGUUAACGCUGAUGUGGGCCUGGUUGCCUUGGUUGAACCGACUAGUUGGUAGAAGUGGCAGUGUUCAUCUCCUGGCAAAACAACAUGGACCCAGCCAGCCGGAGACGCGCGUCUCGUCACUACUGCCGAGGCCCGCCGGAGCAUGAUGUAAUUGUUCUACCAUGUGGCAAGAUCAAAACUGCCUGCAGAAUGACUGAGGAGACCGUGCGGCACAGAAUGUUUUCCUGCGCUGCCGUGUGCAGGAAAACACACAACAGGCUUCUGGCAUGUUCAAGCGCGCUAAGACAUUGACAGCUGCUGGGUCACCGUAGGGUCCCCGAUAUCUCUAGACUUAGGGUUGCAUGUCAGAUUAGCUUGUGAUGCUCGUAUCGACGUCCUUCACCCACUUUUGGGGUGCACAGGGGGUGUCGGGAUGGAGUGGGGAUACCUUUCUCACUGUCUCAUUCACCGUCAUUAAGAGAAGUCUGGACUGGUGGGCCAGAGGAUGCAGCUGAAGACCAUUGGCUGACCAAAGGCCGAAGACACUAGUCGGUUCUCAAGUGGUUCCCUGGUUCUGCCAAAGGGGGGGGGGUGGGGGGGUGCUUGGGCCCUUGGAGCUUUACCUCCGCUGCCUCCGGGGCCUCACCAUGUCCAAGAAGGGGCCUGGGGGGACCGGGACUGGGGGCCGAGGGAAGAUGGAAAGGUCCGACACACUGAACGCUCUGCAGGCAGCCAAUGAAGAGCUGAGGGCCAAACUCACAGACAUCCAGAUAGAACUUCAGCAAGAGAAAAGCAAGGUCAGCCGGCUGGAACGAGAGAAGAGCCAGGAGGUGAGACACGAGCAGCACAAGUCCACAGUGCUGGUGACAGACCUGAAGGCCAAGCUCCACGAGGAGAAGACCAAGGAGCUGCAUGGCCUCCGGGAGACGCUACUUCGCACCCACGAGCUGGAGCUGAUGAGGGUAAUCAAGAUCAAGGACGGGGAGAUCCAGAGGCUGCAGGCAUUGGUCAAUGCCCUGAGAGACGGAUCCACGGAUAAGGUGAAGACGGCUCUGUUCGCGGAGGCGCGGGAGGAGGCGAGACGCGGGUUCGAGGGGGAGCGGAGCAGAAUGCAGCAGGAGAUCUACGAGCUGAAGGGUGUGAAGAGGCAGAUGGAGGAGGCUCUGAACAUGGCCGUGCAGGCGGAUAAGACCAAGGCUGCGGAGAUACGCUCCGUCUACCACCUCCACCAGGAGGAGAUCACCCGCAUCAAGAGGGAGUGUGAGAGGGAGAUACGCAGACUGAUGGAUGAGAUUAAGGUAAAAGACAGAGCGUGCUGUGUGCUGGGGAAGGAGCUGGGGGUGCAGGCUGGACACACCCAGAGGCUCCAGCUGCAGAAGGAGGCGGUGGAUGAGCAGCUAGCCCAGAUCAGGAGCAGGGAGGCAGGGGCAGGGGGACACCUCCACAGCCCCAAGCGGGACGCUCCUUAUGCCAGUGGUGCAGGAGACGGCCCGGAGAGCCUCGAGCAGCAGCUGGAUGAGAAGGACGCUCGACGCUUCCAGCUGAAGAUUGCUGAGCUGAGUGCAAUCAUCCGAAAACUGGAGGACCGCAACGCUCUUCUGUCAGAGGAACGAAAUGAGCUGCUAAAGCGGCUGAGAGAGGCAGAGAGUCAGUUCAUGCCCUUGUUGGAUAAGAACAAGAGACUGUGCAGGAGGAAUGAGGAGCUGGCCCAUGCAUUCAGACGUAUGGAGAACAAACUACGCUUUGUCACACAGGAGAACAUGGAAAUGAGAGAAAAGGUGGGUACUAUAAGAAGGCCCAGCUCUCUAAACGACCUUGACCAGAGUCAAGAGGAGAGGGAGAUCGAGUUCCUCCGACUACAGGUGUUGGAACAGCAGAACAUUAUUGACGACCUGUCAAAGGCGCUGGAGACUGCUGGAUAUGUGAAGACUGUGAUUGAGAGGGACAUGCUGCUGAGGUACAGGCGACAGGGAACCGGAGGAAGGAAGAAAGCUAUUAAACCAUGCAAGCCGGUGGUGGAGACCUUCUUUGGUUAUGAUGAGGAGGCGUCCGUAGAUUCAGAUGGUUCCUCCAUCUCCUUCCACACAGACAGGACACCCUGCACUCCGGACGAUGACUUGGAGGAGGGUAUGAUCAGGGAGGAGCCGGAGAUGAGGUUUCGCCAGCUGACAAUGGAGUACCAGGCUCUCCAGAGAGCGUAUGCACUCCUACAGGAGCAGGUCGGCGGCACGUUCGACGCAGAGAAGGAAGUCAAGACCAGAGAACAGUUGCACGCGGAGCUCCUUCGUUACCAGACCAGGGUGCAGGACCUGGAGUGUGUUCUGUCCCAGCAGGGCCAGGAUAUGAAGUGGAUUGAAGAGAAGCAGGCCCUGUAUCAAAGAAAUAAAGAACUUAUAGAAAAGAUCAAGCACAUGGAAACAGAGGAAUCACGUUUGAAAAACGAUAUUCAGGACGCCAGAGACCAAAAUGAACUCCUUGAGUUCCGGAUCCUUGAACUUGAAGAGCGGGAGAGAAGAUCACCAGGCAUCAAUUUCCACAACGUCCACUUCUGUCAUGGUCUGAGUCCCCUGCAAGUUUACUGUGAGGCUGAAGGAGUCACAGACAUCGUCAUCACAGAGCUGAUGAAGAAGCUGGAUAUACUGGGGGAUAACGCCGUAAGUAACCUUUCCAAUGACGAGCAAGUGGUAGUUAUUCAUGCCAGGACCGUCUUAACCCUCGCAGAAAAGUGGCUUGAGAAUAUAGAGGUCACCAAAACAGCUUUAUCACAGAAAAUGAUGGACAUUGAAAGUGAGAAGCAUCUCUUUAGUAAACAGAAAGGAUAUCUGGAUGAGGAGUUGGACUACAGGAAACAAUCCAUGGAUCAAGCACAUAAGAGGAUCUUGGAGCUGGAGGCGAUGCUGUUCGAUGCCCUGCAGCAGGAGGCCGGUGCGAAGAUGUCAGAGAUGUUGUCAGACGAUGAGAGGGAGACUCUCCGCCGGGCAGUGGAGCAGUGGAAGAGAGGGGUGAUGGCGGAGCUACGAGAGAGGGACUCACAGAUCCUCAGGGAGCGGAUGGAGCUACUACAGCAUGCACAGCAGAGAAUCAAAGAACUGGAGGAGUGGAUAGAGACACAGAAACGGCAGAUAAAGGAACUAGAAGAAAAGCUUUUAUUCUUUGGUCAUAGUUCUGCCAGAAAGCCAGAACAAGUUCCCACUGUCUUCAACAUUUGGAUUAAGAGGAUAGGUUGUGAGAGACUUGCCCAAGGCUUCUCUACAUGGGAAAACCAGUCAACCAGUCUACUAUGCUGCAACACUAACUUGAGAGAGGCCUCUGUGACCAUGUUUUUGACAGACGGAACAAGUGUUUUCACGUCAAGUUACCUUAAACCUGACGUCUGUCCCUCGUUGGGGUGACAUUAUUGAUGUCCUGUCGUAGGACUCUAAAAGAAUUCCUCUCUUUCGAUGAAGAUUUCAGUGGAAUUUAAUGACUCUUAAAUGGACGCAUUUUGUGUUUUUUUUUUCCCUGCUAAGCAGGUGGUGCUCUGGUCGCUUCCCUUUGGAAGCAUUAAGAAGAGGAUAAAGAUAGAUAGAUGGAUUGAUUGAUUAAUUAAUUGAUAGAAGUGUUAAUAUGGCUAUAACCAAGUCGGAUUCGCCCAGAGUAGGGCUUGAACAGAACCCAGUACCUAAGCCAAGAGAUCCGAACAUCUUCAUGAGGUCACUAGGUGUUGAGUUAAGGUACAUUGGAGAAGUGAGAAAUGUUUCCAUCAAACCUACCUUUCAGACACUCCAAUGAAGCUGAGGGUUUUCUACAAUGGACACCAUACCACUGUUUACACUGUUUGACCACGUUGUCAUAACUCUCACAAGGAGUGAGCCUCAGCUAUGAAGACACAAAUAGAGCCCGCCAACUUUUAAAAUCAUUACGUUUCAGCAAGUGUCCCCUCUACCAAUGGUUUCAAACGUGUCUAGUCCAGCCAUGCUGUGGGACCUCGUAGCUCCUCAAUCUCAGUGUUUGAAAUGAAACCAGAAGCCAAACUGUGGUACUAAUAUACACUAUUAUUAUUUUGGUUUUUUUAUGUAAAAGGGGCAAAAUAUUUUAAAUACAUUCCUCCAAAAGGGAAAUAAAUGAAAUGCAAAGCAUUUUCUUUUUUGACAGAGUUAGGAAGGUGCUUUCGAUUCUUUUAGACUUUACUCAGAUUAUGCAAAUCUCGUCUAACCCCUUGGUGCUUGGGAGAGGUCGGGAUUGCUUCAGAUUGGAGUCUUGGUUGGUGCUGAAUGUCCUGAUGAUACAAAGACCUCCCGUGAAAUUGCAAUGACUCAUGUCACGUGAAGGAAAAUAAAGUAAGAAAGAUGUAUUUUAUUCAUUGUUGCCCUUAAAUGGGAUAAUGCCCGCUUUUAUUAAAUACUAAACCUUCAUUAACAAGCACAGGUGCACACACACACACACACACACACACACACACACCCAUUAACAAGUCUGGAUGUACAUUCAAGCACUCACUCGCAUGCAGGCAAGCGCACACGUACCCACUGAAGUCCGAAUGAAUUAUCAACCCUGGACAUAUUCUGAAAAAUCUUUAUACCACACUAAACUGCCCUGGAAAGGUCAACUUUAACUAUGAUUGUAGUCAAACAUAUUUUAUCUUUUAUAUUGGCUGGGUAUAUUGUCUGAUUCAUGCAGUAUUUUGUUUGCUGACACAAGAGGCCACGAUAUCAGAAUAUGUUAUGGAUUAUCUGAAAUUGCUGUCUGUCUAUACAAAAUUACUUUCAUGUCAGAUUUUCCUCUUCUUUUUUUUUGACAUGGUUACUGGGUUCUGCCUUUUCUAGGGCAGAAUAGAUGAAAAAACUCCACCACAAAUAAAUGCACAGGUAAGAAGAAUAUCAUAUGGAUGCUAUGACACUUGGUGUCUGGAAAUUAAUUUAUUUAUUAUUAUCAUUAUUAACAAAUGUUGAAUAUUGUUUAUAU